AUGCCGCAGUAUCUGCUCCAUUCCAGUAGCCAGGCUGCGGUCAGAGAGGCCGCUGAGUCUGGCUGCCAUUUCUGCUCCAUCUUGGUCGGCUGUCUCACAGGAUGCACGGGCGACCACGGGGCUCGAGAGCGGCAACGUCGACCUCAGGAUCCUCUGUACAUUUCGAUCAAUUUGCAGGAUCAAAAGCCGGGCACGUUUUUAUUGAUCCUGUUUCCCUGCGAGGAGUCGCAAAUCUUGGACUCGUACAUGGACUACACAUUACAGUUAGCCCCAGUCGAGAGUGAUACACUCGAGACGACGCCCGACGAUGAAUUGACAGCAUCGCGGGCGCAGACUUCCACAUACUCCGAAGCCACCGCCGAGCUCAUUAGAUCGUGGAUCAUCCAAUGUCAGGCAGAACAUCCAGUUUGCAGAGAGAAGCACUCUACUCUCUUGCAGGGGCAAAGGCCCUCCAUGCUGGGUCCAAGGCGUUUGUUGGAUUUACAAGCAUUCCAGACGCCGGGGCGAAUCCGGCUCAUUGAAGUAGAGAAUGAACCAUGGUUGCCAUACUGCGCUCUGAGUUACAGUUGGGGUCGCAGCGAGCCAUACCUGUUGACGGUGCACAAUCUGAGCGACUUCCGCAAAGAGAUUCACCUCUCAAAUCUGCCAAAGACAUUUCGGGACGCGAUUGAAGUUGUAAAGGGAAUCGGCUUGCGAUACCUAUGGGCCGAUGCUCUUUGUAUUUUGCAAGGUGGCGAGACUUCUCCUGUUGCUUCCGAAGAUUGGUUCGACCAAACAGGCAAAAUGAGCGACAUUUUCGGCAACUCGCUCAUUACCAUCGCUGCAUCCGAAGCUCACGACGGGAGCCAGGGUUUCAUUACCAGUCGAAACCCGUUGAGCCAUACGAUCUGCCGUUUAGACCUGGAGACCAGGCUUCGCUUUGAGGUUAUUCCACCCUGCACACCCUACUGUAAGUCUCAUCCAUUCGAUAACGCACAGUAUCACCUGGACACAAGGUCAUGGGUGUUGCAAGAGCGUCUGCUCUCUCCUCGAACAAUCCACUUUACCCGCAAUUUCGUCCAUCUCGAAUGCAGGUCCGAAAUUCAAUGUGAGGCGAUAUCCCAGAUCAAGAACUGCCAUCAUAUAGGUUCACACGUGAAGUUAGAAUAUCAGAGCCUAUUCGCAAUCCUUUUUGGCCUGGAGAUGGACGGCCUUCGCGAAAUGGCAGAAGAACAAUUCCUCACUACCUGGCACAGAAUUGUUAGAAAAUACUCGACAACAAAUCUCAAGUGGCCUUCUGACUUAUUAGUAGCUCUGUCAGGUCUUAUGAAGCCUCUUCAGGACAAUUUCCACCUGACAUGGUCCUUUGGUCUAUGCCGGGAUUUUAUGUUGAGGGAGAUGUUGUGGUAUGUGAGAGGAGGUAGAGGUGUGCCUUCUCGGGACAGAGCGCCAACUUGGUCUUGGGCAAGCAUCGACGUGUGUGGCCCUGAGAUCGUUAACGAGCCCUCUAGCCUCACAACCCUCAUUGCAUGCGUCACAGCUUUGCCUGAGGCCAUAACCCUCACGCGCCAGCCUCCCUUGUCAGAGCAUGAGUCGCGAUUCUGUGUCAAAGUAGUGGGCCGAUUGAAACCUGGCGUCCCAAGUUCAAUGAAGCCGCACCCGAACGCACCUUCAAGCAAGUCUCUCAGCAACAGAAAUAAGAACGUCGGCGACGAUAUAGAAGAGUAG